AUGGCCACAAUGGACUAUCGCAAUCAUGUCAACAUGAAUCCCAAGAGUCCCGAUCGCAAGUUGCCAGUCCAAUCCAUGAUCAUCACUCCCGAUCGAACUGUGACCACCACCGAGUCGAAUCUUUCCGAAACCAGCAACAAUAACAUGGGUCUUGGCCAAGAGGUUGACGGUUUGAUUACUGUAGUCAAGCAUUAUGUGCAAGCUUCCAAGGGAUAUUCGCCCACUCGUAGGGAGUUUGAACGCACCAUGGAGGCCAUUGAAGCCAGAGCUGAGGAAGAAGAAGCCUUGGCUCGACAACACGAAGCCGAGAUUGCUCGACGCGAAGCGGAAAAAGCCGCACAGGAAGUUGGUUUCAUGGGCAGUCUGUAUAGUACAUUCUCUUUUGCUUCGGAAGAUCCAUCUUCUGUUCAACACUCUACCACGGCUUCGCAACGGGGGACUGUUGUCCAUCAAAUGCUCAAGCGACUGGUGGUCAAGGAGUUGCAGUCUAGAAGAGACAAGAGUGCCACUGUUAUUCAAUCCACAGUCAGACGAGUUCUGGCGCAAAAACGAAAACAAGAGAUGCGUGUCAUUGCGGUGGAACGCAUGCGAGCACUAAAAGAACUAGAAAGCCAGCAGAAAUACGAAGAGUUCAGUCGCAAGGCUGCGGCUCGUGACUACGAGAGGAAUGCCAAUUCUAGUCUAGUGGACGAUGAAGAAGUCGCGGGGGAAAUUAAAACUUCGAAAUUUUCCAAAAUGAAGACUGCCCUCAAGACCUUGAAAAAGAACAAGAAGGCCAAGAGCAAGAACAAGAAAACGGUCUCGAAAGCACCACUACUGCCAUCCAUGCCCGAAUCGUCUCCUCAUGGGGGAGAAGACGCCAACGACAUGCCAAUUCAGGAAAACUCGAGUCGCAAGAACAAGUUUUGGAACAAGGUCAAGAAACUAAAGGUCAAGAGAAACAAGAAAAAGAAGAAGAAGAGGCGAUCCUUGCGGUAUCCAUCCAGAAAUGCUCCCAUCCUCGAUGGUAUUGUGGAAGAGGGUGAGGAGCCAGCAGGUGUCUUUGAACCAGCACCAGCACCGGAACCACGUCGAAUGACAGUCACCAUUACCACUACUGACGAUAGUAUUCCAACCCCGGAAGCCGAGGCAGAAGCCUUGGAAUAUCAUCGACAAAGGUCAAGGGGAAGGGGCGUUCCUGAGGAUGCUGCUACGGAAGCAGCCUCCUCGUAUCAAUCACAUGGGGACCCAUCCACCAUGCGGUCGUCACUUCCAUCCGGCAAUCAUUUUGGCGGCAGCGGCAACUGGAACAGUUUUGUGUUGGCAGACGAUGCCACCAGCAUGACGUCUGGAAGAACCCGACCACUCCUCGAUUCUUGGUUCAAUGGGUUCAUGUUUGACAAGGAGACUUUGCGGGAAUGCGAUGACGAUGCCAUUGAAGAAAUGGUCGAAUUGGCAUUUACCGACAGGGAACUUCAAAAUGAUUUGAAGAUUAUUCCAGAAAUGAAUUGGACGGAAGACGAUUGGGCCGAUACCAAGGAAUCUUUGUUUCGUUGUUCGCAAGAUCAUAUUGAAGAAGUCACAUAUCAAACGAAGCGGUUUGUAUCGAAUGAAGUGACUCUGUGA